UUUUUCCCCUCCUCCAUAGUCCUCCUUGUUUCCCUCCAUCUCUGCUGAUCUGUCAGUGCUCGGACGUUGCGUUAAGGUGCAGACCCGAGUCCCGCUCUUGGGGAAAUUUAAGGAAAGUCAGACGAAAUAUACGUCUUUAAAGGACAGUGUACGACAAUUAAUAUCGAGACGACAGACAUUUUACCUCCUUUGUGCAGUUGCUUUGAAACUACAGUAAAAUGGAUCCAAUGACUCAGUCCACCCAGAUAUCAUCGUCGCAAGGGAUUGCCGAUGGACAAAAUUCUGCUGCCAAAGAAUCAAAACCAUCCGAUUCCUUUCUUUCCUCUUCGCCUGUAUCUCUCAUUCAGUCUCCUCAAGACAAAAGAGUGGUCCUGGGCUCCGACAAGCCCUGCGAAGGUGUCGCGACAUCCCUUCGUUUUCCUUCUCAGCAUGGCUCAUUCACCCCUAGUAAUUACGGGAGUGAACCAGGGCCGCCAGAUGGACAACCAGACUCACCAAUAAAGACCUCUCCCGUUUCGGAGCGAAUAAAGGCACUUGAAGCUCUGGCUGCCAAAAAGAAGGAACCAGAUUUUAGAAGUGAUGGUGGUUUUUCUCACUUCAGAGACCGCAACUAUGAGAAAUCUCCCACUGAGACACCCAAAUCUCCCACUGAGACACCCAAAUCUCCCACUGAGACACCCAAAUCUCCCACUGAGACACCCAAAUCUCCCACUGAGACCAAAAAAUCUCCCUCAGAGGUACACAAAUUCUCCACUGAGACCUCUAAAUUCUUUACUGAAAAUCCAAACUUCUCAACUGAGACACCCAGAUCUCCCACUGAGACCCAAAAAGCUCCAACUGAGGUGCACAAAUUCUCCACUAAGACCUCCACAUUUUUCACUGAAACACCAACAUUCUCCAGUGAGACCCCCAAAUCUCCCAAUGAGACCAACAAAUCUUCUACUGGGACCCCAAAAUCACCAUUUGAGACUCCUCAAUUUCCCAAUGAGACCAACAAAUCUCCCACUGGGACCCCAAAAUCACCAUUUGAGACCCCCAAAUCUCCCAAUGAGACCAACAAAUCUCCCACUGGGACCCCAAAAUCACCAUUUGAGACCCCCAAAUCUCCCACUGAGACCAACAAAUCUCCCACUGGGAUCCCAAAAUCACCAUUUGAGACCCCUCAAUUUCCCACUGAGACCCCAAAGUCUCCCACUGAGACUUCAAAGUCUCUCACUGAGAGAACUACGCCAACUGUCCAGAAAAGAGGAGGAUCUACUGAUCAAGAGUCACCGGAAUCUCCCUUUGAAGUGCUUGGAGAUUUAAGACAAGUGAAUGAAUUUGAAGAAACAGAAGAGUGGAUGAAGGCUCAUUUACCUCCUGUGCCAGACUAUGCUGCUGUAGAUCUAACUAAAACCACCCUGACUUCAGACAUUGUGACGUUGAAGGCAAAGAAAGAAACUGACAUAGUUAUAGCCAAUGCUCCUGCUCCCUUUGCUGGAGUCCCUGAUGCUUUCAUGGAUUCUCCUGCUGAAGCUUCAAAGCUGAAGAAUGAUUCUAGUGAUGCACAGAAGCAGUCAUGUGUUGAGGAGUCUGAAUUUGAUCUAAGCUAUUUGCCAACAGCCUACAUGUGGGAUCAACAGGAAAAAUCAGGUGCCCAGGCUUCAUCAAAACUUGAUUCAGGCCCAGUUCCACCUGCACCUCCUGCAGGCUUUGACUCCCAGUCUCCUCAUGUCUCUCCACCAGUUGGCAUGGAUGCUAAAAAUAAUGUUUUGGAUGACAAGAAGAACAUGUGGACCGGAGAUCUUGAGCCCCCAGAGGCAAGUGAAGCCGACAGCUCAGGAGAUUCAGACGACACAGUCAUUGAAGAUGGUGUCUCUGUUCCUGCUACUGUUCCUCCUCCAUCUUCUCCUCAAGCAGUUUCAAAUGAUCCUAGCCCUGCUGCAGCAGCCCCGAAUCUUCCCACUGAUGAAAAGGAGAUUCCACCAAAGUCAGAGAGGAAGCUAAUGCAGGUGCCAACAAUAAAUGUCAUAGAGACUGACGAGCCAAAUUACAGUGAUGAGGAGAUGGAAAUGGAAAUGGAGCUUGAAGUGGAGGAAGAUGAGGACUAUGAGGCUGUAAGAGAACAAGCUAGAGAGGCUCCAAAGACCCCAGAGCCAGAGGAUAGUACACAUGAACCACCCAAAACACGGCCCUUAGAAACCGAAUUCAUGGAAGGCUACUCUCCCCCGUCCUCACCUGUGGACUCUGAUGCUGAAUACUCUCCUAAACACAACAUAAUCAAACCUCUUCCUGAAACAGUACAUCAUGAGUCUGCAUCAAAACCUGAGGCCCAAACCAAUCAAGCUCAAACUGAAAAAUCACAGGCCACUUCCAAUAAAGAAAAUGAUGAAGACCCUUUCAAAGUCACAAAAGAAGAAGUGGACUUCCCAGACAACAAUGACGAGUGGUCAGAUGAAGCACAAGAUAUCAUGGUCAAACCUUGCAAGGCUGAUGUUGCUUUCAUAGAAACAUCCUACAACCAAUCCAAGAUGGAUGAAAAGAGCAACACUGCUGAAAAAGAGGCUCAUAUGGAAAUGGCUUCACUAUCUAAAACCAGCUUCAUGCAAGAUGAUAUAUAUGACCGACAAUCAUUUGAUUACGAUUAUGAUGCAUCCUCUACCUUGGAUGAUAUUGAUGAAAAAGGGUUGAGUGCUAAAGAACGCUUUCUUUCGGAUCCUUCUCAAAUCAACAAUGAACCACUGAAUGCAAGCAGUCCAAUUCUGGAUAAUUUCACUUCAGUGAAUGAUGAUGAAGCCUUCCCCAAGCUAGUCGAUCAGCAAUGUCAAAGAGAAUAUCCCCAAGAUCCAUAUUCCUCUUUCCAAAGUGAGACACUUGGCAGGAUGAAUGAGCAGGAUUUCAAUAAAAAAAUGACCACUGACAUUGUUACAGAUAACAUAGAAAAUAGCAACUGCCUCCCAGCACAGAAGAUUGGAUCAAAGCUCCAGCAGGACACUAAAGCAGGUCAACAGGCUCCUGAAACGACAAGCAAUCCAGAAAGCAAUGACUCAGACAGCUCAGUUUCUGAGCCUACAGAUAGCUUUGUUGAGUUCAUGCGAGAGUGCCUGAAAUCAAGACAGGAUGAAGCACAACAGGACGACACGCCCAAAAAUGUACCUUCUGAGGACAAGUUCUGCAAAGCUGGUUUGCGUCCUAAUCGGUCCCCUCCGACCAUGGUGAUGGAUCUUGAACAAGAACAGCUUACUAUCACUGCUCUUAAGGAGCUGGGCAGCAGUCAAGAAGAGGAUGUGGCGUCUCUACAGUCAAAGGUUCCGGACCAUGGCAAAGCUAACCCCAAUGCUGCAUCUAUUCAGCAGUCUUCCUUUUCCGCCGUUCCUAAUCCUUCAUGUUCCCAAAGCAACAGUGUGUUUGACAGCACAUAUUCCAAAGAGGUAGAAGCCAUCGACGAAUGGGUGGCUGAAGCCUAUCAUCUUGCUGAGCAUGUCGUGACAGCAAUACUAACCCACUUAUCAGUGAAGGAUCUGAUCCACUGGCGAGACCCCAAGAAGUCGGGCGUGGUGUUCGGGCUGUCCCUGCUGAUGCUGCUGUCGCUGGCAGCCUUCAGCGUCAUCAGCGUGGCUUCCUACCUGCUCCUGGCCCUGCUCUGCGUCACCAUCACCUUCCGCAUCUACAAGUCUGUGGUGCAGGCCGUGCAGAAGUCCAGCGACGGACACCCCUUCAAAACACUGAUAGAUAAGGAUGUCAGCAUCCCCCCUGAGACCUUCCGCAAGCACGUGGACGCCAGUCUGUCCUACAUCAACCGAGCCCUGAAGCAGAUGAGCCGCCUCUUCCUGGUCGAGGACCUAGUGGACUCCCUAAAGCUGGCUGUGGUCAUGUGGCUGUUCACCUAUGUUGGAGCCGUCUUCAACGGAAUCACCAUCCUCAUCCUCGCUGACAUCCUCCUCUUCGCUGUGCCUCCCGUCUACGAGAAGAACAAGACCCAGAUUGAUCAGUACAUCGACCUGGUCCGCACUCAAGUCAACACCACGAUGGCCAAGUUGCAAGAGAAGCUUCCGGGAGCGGUGAAGCGCAGCAAAACUGAAUGAUCAACCCACCAAUUAGAAACCUCCAUGUCACCAUCAUCCUCAUUACCAACAUCAUCUUAGACCCCCCCCCCCUCCCUGUACCUCCCCCCCAGUCUAACUCCUCCUCCAUCAACCAUCCCCCCCUACUACACUGAACCUUGCUAGGUAGAAAAUAUCUCUGAGCUACUCGAUAUUAAAUGUAAAAACUACUGCGCAGCUUAAUUUGCAAGCAUUAAAAAGAACUGUGCCUGUGCAGACAGGAAGCGAGGAAGUGAUGUAGCGCCCGGCGGACCCCCCCGUCUGGGCAAUGUGGGCAGGGUCGAGUGAACUAGACUGAAUCUAUGACCUGGUUUUGUCGUGUACAGCGAGCAGGGGGAGGAUGAUGGCUGGACGUCACAAAAAAGCAAAUGUCUGUACUUUGAACCCCACACAUUUCUCUAAAGGUUAAUGGAUCAUUCAAGAAAGAAAAGUUAAGAAAAUUAAAAAACAUAUGAAAUAAACCAAUAUUUUGGGUGUAAUGGUGGCUAGUCGUAUCCUGCUCUCUUGCUCUACAGAUGUUAUGUGGAUAGAUAUGAGUUCAUUUAGAGGCUGGUAAUGGGUUAGCUGGUCGGCCUGUUGUAGAGUUAUUCACCUUACAGGCUCUUGUGUUCGUACGUUUCUGCAAUGCACUGAAUUUUUUUUUUUUAACCCAUGAGCAGGUUGAAAUAAAAGGAUUGGAACACUGAGCCAGCUGUGAUAAUUUGGUCUAGUUCACCCUCUUGAUCAGAUGCAUUUCCUGAACAGUUUUCUGUACAUACACCUGAAGACAGGCUCUGCUGUAUGGAACACGUUAGCCUCGCUUUUUAUAUCAAAUAAAGUUCCCUCACUUACAGCAGUCCUAACUUCUUUUCUCGCACCGGUUAAAGCCACAGUGUCGAGGUCUCACAUUCGCUUCUAAAUUUGUAUUAAUCUUAUUACUAUUAUUAAUAUUGAUUAUAGGACGGCUGCUUUUGACUCUCUUGUAGCUUGACAACAGCAUUGUAGAGUUAUGUUAAGUGUCAUUGAGCUUCAUAAUUUUUAACUGGAGGUUUUUGUGAGGCCUCCAGAGAAAUUAUUCCUGAUUGUUGGAUAAGUUAAGAGACACCUCCGAUGUGUUGGCACACCCUUACAUCUCAAAAAAGCUUCUCAGAUAGCUGUUGGGGUUUUAAAAUCUAUGGAGUACAAAGUGUGCCAUCAAAAUAUAUAUUAACUUUUACAGUGUUUCAUCAAAAGAUCCAAUAUAUAUCACUUCCUCCUGAGGUUUAAUGACUGGGAGAUAAGUUUAAAACAUGUUUUGGUGAAGAAUAAGAACUUUCACGCCUAAUUAAAUUUAAAAUGAAUUGAACAAAUUGAUACCUUUUUCAAGUAUGAAAUUUACAUUUAAAACUGGAUUUGUAAAAGCUUUUGGAAAUGUGUCAAUUUAUUAAAGUUUUAUAAUUGAACUACUGCAAUUUUUUUUGGCACAAUUUACCCUCCAUACGAAAUCUUAGCAGUGACCUGAGCGGACACUGAGAGCAGGGGUUUGUGAAACUAAAUGAUGGGGUGCAGUGUUGAAAUAAGAGUGUAGCUGGGAUUUAAGGACGCGGUUUGGGUUUGGCGUGAUUAUUAUAGAGCUGUUUGUCACUGUUUUUGUUUCUUUUGACUGCCAUGAAGCGCAUGUCGUAGUGUAAGCUGGAAACAGAUUCUCACCCUUAUAUAGGCUGUAUCAUAUUCUUGACCCUGACUUUUGUUUAAUAUGAUUAUUACUUGUGACUGUUUCAAUGGUGUUUUUGAACUCAGUAAAAACCAUAGUCAUGUUAGCACUACUGCUCUUCAUAUUGUUUUAAGGGAUGAAUAUAUAGAAGGAAAGGACCAGUAUGUUCGUGUUGCUGUCCAUUUCAUUACUCCCUAAAAUAGGUUUGCACGGAGUAAAUGUCCCCUGAAUACUGAAUAGCCAACAGCCUCUCAAUGCAGUGACAUCUACUGUGUCUGCCUGUGUACUGAAUGUUUUCUCUGGAACAUUCCCCCCCCAGCAUGCCCUCCACUCUGCGUCUUCUCACUGUGAUCGCCUCACAGAUGUCUCCGUUGACCUCUUGUGCAUGCCUUCUCAUUUAGACUCUGGGCGCUGGAGCCAAAAUAUGCAAUGUUUCUGUUGGAGAUGCUAGCUGUUAGCCCCCCCCUUGGGCUUGGGCAGGUUACGGCCCUGGUGCUGUAAACUAGCCCAAAGCUAAGCUAAGCAGCAUCUGUAAAGGUGCUGAAGAAGCAGACAGAAAGAGAUCAGGCCUGAGGACUGACACUAAUGAUGUUAAUAUGCAUCCUGUUAAUUUAUUUGAUCGUGUAGAAGUUGCAUAUUGUAGCUUUAAGUUGUUGUUUUCAUCCAAGAGCUAAAAGCUGCUGAAUUUGUAUUAGAUUUACUUUGAUUCAGUUUAUUUAAAGGAGCAGUAUAACCAAAUUACGAAAGAAUAAAUCACUGCAGGUCACCCAGAAUUCAGAGAACCAAGGUUACUCUUGUAUUCGCUAGUUUUUGUGUGAUAGUAAAGUAUGAGUCAGCACUUUCUUUGUGGACUAUUUCUUCUGAAAGUUCCAAGAAAACUGUUCACAGUGAGCAGCAAAUUCUAUUAACGUACUGUGGUGGCAAAAAUCUCAAGGAUACUGAAUAAAUCUGAACUAUUUUGGUUAAGCUGUUCCUUUAAAUGUUGAAGCAGCUUCCUGUCAGUGUGACCCCAGAAGUGCGGCGCUAUGAGAGGUCAAGCUUUCCGUAUGCACCUUUAACUGUAGAGCAGGAGACGCCAUGUUCCCUGUGUUAGCGCGCUACCAAGGCUAACAGAUCACUACUUUAAGACACAUAGUUGGCUUAUUUCUUUAGAGUGUAAUAUAUAACAUGAAUAAAAGUUGUUCCCUAACAGCAUGUUGCUUUUCUCCUCUUCCUGUUUGUCCCCGUGUUUUCAUCAGGUAUGGGCGAGUGUGGCAGGAGUGUGUUUGACUUUUUUUGUCUCUGGAGAGUCUUGUUUUGCUUCUGACUCUAUACUGGUUUCUAGACGUUGUUCACUAACAUCAGCUUUGUUUUGUAUUAGCUAUGACUUUGGUUCCGAUUUUUUGAAGCUUUGGGAAAGAUGUUGCAGGAAUAAAAAGAAGAAAAUUGUUUAAAAAAAAGUUUGUGGUCUCUGUACUGAUGUCAAAGUGAAAUGAAUAAAAACACGUCAAAGGA